AUGACAGAGUCAAGUGCAUCUUCUACUCAAGUAGAUCUGAGUCCAUAUGUGAUCAUCCAGCCACCUCUCUCCCGCUGUGGACACGGCCCAGGGCUAAUUAUCAUACGACCUCUUUGUUACGCGACAUGUCAGCGGGACAACAAGACCCUUGAUCCAGAGCCUCUCAAAAAAUGGGCGGAGGAAAGCUUCACGGUGGCACAGAUUACUGUGGAUGAGAAGUCUGUCAUUGAUAGAUCUUCUGUACGAGAGCUUCUUCAGGAAGCUGAGCGUGGCUUAAUAGAGAGGCUGGAGUGCGAUGCGAAGGAAAAGGUUGGAUUGAUAGUCUAUGGAUCGAAGAAAGAUUAUGCUCCUCGAUUCGAGGAUGGUCUGCAAGGUGCACUAACUCAAGGUAUGGCUCUGAUCGCAGUAGUUUUCUUCGACUCUUGGGACAUUCCUUUUUUUCAGUCAGCACUUUUCCAGCUGUCUAGUCCAAUGGAAAGCAAGAAGGAAGGUCAAACUAUACACAUAUACUCCGACGUAUCCUCCCCCAGCUUCAUAAUCCCCGGCCACCCGGAUUUCAAGCUAUCGACCGCAGGAGUAAGUCAUACGCGGUGUGUUGGAUUUAUUAAAAAGUACAUGGGUGGCCCACUCUUUGACCUUGAGAAGAUCUGGGACGAGCACACAUAUUAUGAAUUUGAAGCACGCUCGGUUGAAAAGACAAUGGCGACAAUGGUCUCGGAGCCUUAUGUCAAUCAUGUGCCAACUUUGACAGGAGGCAUUGGAAGAGCUCAUUUAAGUCACUUUUAUCUCCAUCACUUUAUCUUCAACAACCCCGACGACACAGCUUUGGAGCUUAUUAGUCGUACAGUUGGCACUGACCGUAUUGUGGAUGAGUUUAUAUUUGUCUUCACUCAUGUGACGCAGAUGGACUGGAUGAUCCCCGGAAUUCCUCCUACGGGCAAGCAUGUUCGCGUUCCAUUCACGUCUGUAGUUAACAUCCGCGGGGAUCGCUUGUUUCAUGAACACAUUGCAUGGGACCAGGCGACAGUACUUGUUCAGCUAGGUCUGUUACCCAAAUAUCUGCCUUUUCCUUAUGCACUGCCUGAUGGAUCCGUGCCAGCGCACGGGAAACGAUUCGAGUACCGUGUGCCAGCAGCGGGUUCCGAGAGUUCCGCGAAACUCCAGAAUGAGCAUGAGGUGCCUUCUAACCAGAUGUUCGAGUAUGAGAUUCGUGAGGUCGAUGAUUGA